AUGUCCGAUUACAGCAAAUUGAAGGUUACUGAGCUCAAGGCGGAGCUCAAGAAUCGCGGCGUCCCGCAAACCGGGUUACGGCUCAAACAAGAUUUUAUCAACAAAUUGAUUGAAUUAGACUCCGAGUCCGGAGAACGACCUGCCGCUCCAGACGCCUCGCAAGAACCAUCUACCGAGAAAGAAGAGAAUAAAGACGAACAAAAUAAUGAAGGAGAUCAGAAAACAGAUGAGCCAGCGUCGGCGUCGCAUCAAUCUCGUACCGAGUCGCUUCCAACGGAAGGCGCGCCGAGCUCACAGAAACCCGGCAUGCAACUAGAUGGGGCCUCUGGCGAUAUUCAACCAGCGACGGUCGAGUCGAAAGAUGCCGAAACAGAAGCUACGCAAGCUGAAACGGAACAGCAAACCACAAUUGAUCGCCCGGCCACGCGAAUCGAAGAAGCGGUACCAGAUACAGUUGCAGAUAGUCAGAAAAUAGUGUCUGGUGAACCAACAGCCCCGGCGCAGCCCGAAGAAGAAGCGGCGACAGAACAACCUACUCCAGCAGAGGUAUCUACGAAGAAUCAAGAGAUCGAUUCCGAGCCACCCACCGACGGCGGUGAUGACCUUCGCAAACGUAAACGACGAAGCCAGAGCCCUCCUCCCAUCGUCGAAGUAGUGAAGAAAUCCAAGAUCGACAACGAGAAUCCACGGGUGAUACUCAAGGAAGAUGUGCAUACACGAGAAACCGGGUCCGAGGAUGUCCAGCCAGAGGUUACAACUGAACCGAUCUCUACAGGGCGAGAGGACCCUCGAUUUAGAGACAUACUGCCCGCCAGGAAGCCGUCGGUGUCCGUACAAUCUCCAGAAGAAACUAUGCAAGACAAUGAUCGCCAGGUUGAGCCAGCGCUUCAUCCCGCAACAUGCUCGAUCUACAUUCGAAAUCUCAUGAGACCUUUACAGCCCCUUAUCUUGAAAAAUCAUCUACAGUCCCUUGCUACCCCGGCUGGUAAAGAACUUGGCGGUAAGCUGUUGGUCGAUUUCUUUCUGGAUUCAAUCAAAACGCAUUGCUUCGCGCUCUUUGAUAGUAUCUCCACAGCAUCACGAGUGAGGUCAAAGCUGCAUGGCGCAGUCUGGCCAAAUGAACGUGACCGCAAACCGCUUUGGGCUGAUUUUAUCCCCGACGAGAGAUUUAACGAGUGGGUCAAAAUGGAACAGGAGUCAGCUGCAAAUCGUGGUACCCAGCGCUGGGAGGUAUUCUACGAAACUACAGACGACGGUGUAGAAGCAAUUCUGCAAGAAGUCCGCAACGGCGCCAGGUCCGGUCACCAACCCACAGCGCCUGCUCGGCAUCACAGUCCGGAUGCCGAAUUGCGACGAGGAAGUCAACCUUCAACUGCUCCACCUCAACAACAACAGAGCAGCGGGAAAGGCUUCAAGGCACUGGAUGAUCGGUUCAAAUCUACAAAAACCAAGCCCAAGCUUUAUUAUCUUCCGGUUUCGCGUGACAUUGUUGACAAACGUCUGGCCCAAUUUGACACACUAAUACGAAAAGACUCUAGACAUCAUGGUCAAGGAGACGAGGAUAUGCGUCGCAUUACAUUCGAAGAUACAGAUGUGUUUGUUGAUGGUGGCCCUGAGUAUCGGGGUCCCCGCGGUGGUGGUGGUGGUCGACGUGGGGGUCGAGGAUCCUGGCGCGGACGACGGCGUUAA